AUGUACGCAACUAAAUAUUCUUCUAUAUUUCGUCUUAAUCAAGCAAUAAAUCAUAUUCGUCGUUCAUUUUUUAAUCAAACAUAUAUUAAUGGUCAAUGGGUAUCAGCACAAUCAGGUGAAACAUUUAAAGUCUAUAAUCCAGCAAAUGGUGAUGAAAUAGGCAGUGUACCAGAUUGUAAUAUUAAAGAUGCUGAAAAAGCUGUGCAAGCAGCUUAUAAUGCAUUUCAAAAUAAAUGGUCCACUAAAACUGGAAAAGAACGAAGUGUUAUAAUGAGAAAAUUUAAUGAUUUAAUUUUAAAAAAUAAAGAUCACUUAGGAAAAAUUUUGACAACUGAAAUGGGUAAACCAUUAAAAGAAUCCAUUGGAGAAAUACUUUAUGGUGCUAGUUAUAUUGAAUGGUUUGCUGAAGAAGCAAAACGUAUUCAUGGUGAUGUUCUUCCAAUAACAUCACAUAAUCGUCGUGCAUUGGUUCUUCGUCAACCUGUUGGUGUUUGUAGUUUUAUAACGCCAUGGAAUUUUCCUAGUUCAAUGAUAUUACGUAAAGCAGGUCCAGCAUUGGCUGCCGGCUGUACUAUUGUUGUUAAACCUUCUGAAGAUACACCUUAUUCAUGUUUAGUUCUUUGCGACUUAGCGAAAGAAGCCGGAUUUCCUGAUGGUACAAUUAAUGUACUAACAACUACUCAUUCAGCUGAAAUCGGUAAAUUUUUAUGUGAACAUCCAUUGAUUUCAAAAAUGUCAUUUACUGGAUCGACUGAAGUUGGUAAAAAGAUUAUGGCUCAGUGUGCAUCAACAGUGAAAAAAAUAUCAUUGGAACUUGGUGGUAAUGCACCGUUUUUAGUUUUUAAUUCAGCUGAUGUUAAACAAGCUGUACAAGGUGCUAUGGCAUCAAAAUUUCGUGCGUCGGGACAAACAUGUGUAUGUGCAAAUCGAUUUCUUGUACAAGAAGGAAUUUAUGAUGAAUUUAUUAGUGAAUUGACAAAGAAAACUAAAGAACAAAUUGUUGGAGAUGGUUUUAAUGAAAAGACACAUUUAGGACCUAUUGUUAAUAAAGAACAAUAUGAAAGAGUUCUUGAUUUUAUUUCAGAUGCGAAAGACAAAGGAGCUAGAAUUGUUACUGGUGGAAACGAGAAAAAAGGAAAAACUUCGGGUUUUUUUGUUGAACCUGCAGUUAUUGCAGAUGUCAAAUUAUCGAUGCGAGUUGCACAGGAAGAAAUAUUUGGACCUGUCGUUGCGAUUAUCAAAUUUAAAACUGAAGAUGAAGCAGUUAAAAUUGCUAAUUCAGUUGAUGUUGGUUUAGCCGCUUAUAUGUAUAGCCAAGAUAUAUCUCAAAUUUGGCGUGUUGCUGAACGAAUGCAAACUGGUAUGGUUGGUGUAAAUGAAGGAAUUAUUUCAUCUGUUGAAGCUCCAUUUGGUGGAAUUAAACAGAGUGGUUUUGGUCGCGAAGGGUCUAAAUAUGGAAUAGAAGAUUAUGUUAAUCUGAAAUAUAUUUGUAUGGGUGGAUUAAAAGACGUUGAUCAAAGUUCACAAUAA